AUGUUAAAUAUAUAUCUUCUUUUUACUGCAAACUACCAGCUGUUACUUCACUGAUAUUGAAAACAAUGUUGCUCACAUAUCUGGGGACUGCUAUGAUAUGCUCUGAUACGUUAAACAGCAUUAUAGCAUACGAAGGUAAUUGUCUUUUACACGCCCACAUUCAGCGUGGUAGAGCACGCCACUGUGAUGGCACCACGAUGCACACCGACAUGCAUCUGCUUCCACGCAUCUCACCUGAGCAGGACCAAUAUCGGAUUUGCACGACGUGAUUCAUUUUCAUCUACGGACCUCCUGUUUUGAAUGAUUUUCACAUAUAAAUGUCAAAUAUCAUCAGCACGGGGAGAAUCCCACAAGAGAAGGGUAAGCUUUAUGUCCUCCAUUUGAGUCUGUUCUUUUUCUGGUUUCGUUCCGUGUCGGUUUCAUUUGUUAUUAAUGACAUCUUGUCGGCUGUCUCCAGGCUGGAUGACAUGAGUUCGCACAACCGGAGCCAAAGCAGUGCGCGGCGCAGCGACUACGUGUGGCAAUAUGAAUAUUACGACGAGGAACCCGUCUCUUUUGAGGGACUCAAAGCACACAGAUACUCCAUAGUAAUCGGAUUCUGGGUUGGACUUGCAGUGUUUGUUAUUUUUAUGUUUUUUGUUCUCACACUACUCACAAAGACAGGAGCGCCGCACCAAGAAAAUCCUGACUUUGAGAACAUCCAUGGUCCACGAAGUGGUCAUGUGGACAUCACCGGUCCAAUAGAUGAUAGCGACAAAGCCUUUUCUCGUCCAUUCCUGCCAGAGUCCUGCCCAUAUUUCAAUUUCUACAUCAGCGAGGAUGAGGAUGGUAAGAGAAGGCAAAAGCCAGAUGAGAAGCCGACUGGGGAACAAAAGGCGGGAUGUAUCACCCCUCAUGCCGUGAUGGAUCAGGAAGAUGAAGAUGUCGGUCUAGUAGAUGAGAGGACAGCAGACAGAGACUGCACGUUCUUGUCUCACUUCAACAUCCCAAACUUUAUCAACUUUGAGCACAACUCCUCGCUGGGAGAGGAUGACCUGCUGUCUGAGCCGCCCCUGACACUAGGCCAGAACAAGCAUGAGCCACAUAGUGACAGCCACAGACAGUCCAUGAAAAGAGCGUGGCCGCCUUCCUUGGAGGACAUCACAGGGUCCUGGAAACCUGCUUAACCUCAGAACUUGAUGAAUUUAUUUAUUCCAACCACCAUCAUGUCAAUAUUUGCUUACAAUAGCACCUAGGGGCCAUUUUGGAUCACAAUACAACUAUGAAUUGGGAAAAUAAUUUUGAGUAUUUAAGUCGGGAUUAUGAGAAUAGACAUGCAUUAGGGCAUGAGUAAAUCUACCUUGGAAAAACUGAGCGACACAGUUAAAUGGCCAGCAACAGACUUAAUUAAUAUUGAUUAUUGAAAUUUAUCAAAUCAAAAUUCAGCCACAGCAACUCUGUGAUUAAUCAAAAAAUUUAAAGCAUUUGACACCACAAGAUGAGAUAUCAGUUAUUGUGGGAAUGCUAUAUAAGUUACAAUCUUAUAUAGACAAUGUUUUCAUGUUAUGUGUUAGCAUGUUAACAGUAAGCAUGUUGGCAUUACUAGCAUUCUAAAAUUAGCAUAUCAAUUUUUUUUGCAGGAGACCUUGCAGGAGGCCAUCUCUGUGUGGAGUUUGCAUGUUCUCCCCGUGCAUGCGUGGGUUUUCUCCGGGUACUCCGGUUUCCUCCCACAUUCCAAAAACAUGCUAGGUUAAUUGGCGACUCCAAAUUGUCCAUAGGUAUGAAUGUGAGUGUGAAUGGUUGUUUGUCUAUAUGUGCCCUGUGAUUGGCUGGCCACCAGUCCAGGGUGUACCCCGCCUCUUGCCCGAAGACAGCUGGGAUAGGCUCCAGCACCCCCACGACCCUCGUGAGAAUAAGCGGUAGAAAAUGAAUGAAUAAUUUUUUUUUGCUAUUUUCAGAAGUAUAAACUUACAUAGUGGUUUAGGUGUUAUCAUGCUAACAGUUUGCAUGUUAGCCUCGCUGAUAUGCUAACGUUAGCAUGUUAGUAUUUUAGACGUUUUUUUCAGGUAUUAUCUUAAAUUGACACUUAACGCUAUUAUGCUAAGUGUUAACAUGCUAACAGUUAGCAUGCAAACUAUAGCAAUUCAGUCUGCUGUCAGUUCAUCAGGGUUAGGUUUUGGCAUGUUCGCUACAGCAUUUCAGUCCGCUGACAGCAUAUCAGGCUUGAGGCGGGAUACGCCGAGUACACCAUUGCCAGCAUUCACACGAAAUUGAUCCUAAAAUUGCACAUUUCUAGUUAAUUAUAAUGUUUUAAUGUAUACAGAGUGAGUCGUCCUCAAAUCCAGCAUUGUUAUUAACAGUAUUAACAGUACAUUUGUAUUACUUUUUGCCCAAAGUCAACUGUGUUGACCCAAAUGAGGAUGGAUGAAAUGGAUGGAUGGAUAGUUAUUAUAGGCAUUAAUUUACAUGUAUACUUUUGCUAAUAUGUACUAUAUAUUACACCGGCUUGCUAACACAGCCGUGCACCUGUUUUUCCCUCCUGAUAAAGUUUGAAUAACUAUGCUUCCAUUCGGUCCUUUGGGAAAACACUUGUACAGAAUGCACAGAAUAAAUUUGACGUUGAGCAGUAAUAUUUCAGCUUUUCACCGGUGCCCAACAUGUUGCAGA